AUGGUCCUUGUUACAGACGUUAUUCAACUGAAGUAUCUUGAUGAAUUGUAUUCUCUCUUCUUUUCUACUCAAGUUGCUUUCCCUGUUGAUGAUGAUGAUAAGAUCGUUGGAGGAUACACCUGCCAGAAGAAUUCUGUCCCCUACCAGGUGUCUCUGAACUCUGGCUACCACUUCUGUGGAGGCUCCCUCAUCAAUAACCAAUGGGUGGUGUCUGCAGCUCAUUGCUACAAGAGCCGCAUCCAAGUGAGACUGGGAGAACACAACAUCAAUGUUGCGGAAGGCACUGAGCAGUACGUCACUGCCUCCAAGAUCAUCAAGCACCCCAGCUUUAGUUCAUCAACCCUGAACAAUGACAUCAUGCUGAUCAAGCUUGCUUCCCCUGUGACCCUCAAUUCCCAAGUGGCCACUGUAGCUCUGCCCACCUCCUGCGCAGGUGCUGGCACUCAGUGCCUCAUCUCUGGCUGGGGCAACACCUUGAGCUCUGGUGUGAACAACCCAGACCUGCUCCAGUGCCUGAAUGCCCCAAUACUGUCUCAGUCUGCCUGUCAAUCUGCCUACCCUGGGAAGAUAACCAGUAACAUGAUUUGUGUUGGCUACCUGGAGGGAGGCAAAGAUUCCUGCCAGGGUGACUCUGGUGGCCCUGUGGUCUGCAAUGGACAGCUCCAGGGCAUUGUCUCCUGGGGCUAUGGCUGUGCCCAGAAGAAUCUCCCUGGUGUGUACACCAAGGUCUGCAACUAUGUUACCUGGAUUAAGAACACCAUUGCUGCCAACUAAGAAUCCUUCA